AUGCUGAGUGGCUCCUCCGGGUGCACAAAGGCAGCGGCUCGCAGAGGAACUUGUUCAGAGCGAACCGGGGACGCUGGGAGGCGAAAUAAACAAUCUCCGGAGUCGAAGUAUCACCGACCGCGCACUUCUAGCUGUCCAAUUGCAAUAUUCCGCCACCCAUUUCAGAAAUAUAAGGUGUAUGCUGGUAGUGAACAUCUGGUGCAGCAGGCCAGUCUUGGCAGCAUGGUGAAGGCCCACAAGUCAUCUGGGAGGAAGAGCUCUCACUGUCCCCGCAGACAGAGUGCUGGUCAGGCAGAGAUGGAGGAAGGCCAGCUCCAUUUAGACACCAAACAUCCACCACCCGCACAACCUAAAGGUGGGGAUGACGUCCAUCCGCAGACCUCUGCUUCAGCUGGGCCGCCUUCGGAGAGUUUGGGCCAGAAGGAGACCCCGAUGGAUGUCCAGGAACAGGCUAAUUCUGCUACCCAGCCCCAAUCCAAGCCUCUCUGGAAGCCCAUUCCCCCUCUAAUGCCUGAGCCCCAAGGGGCCAAUGCCAGUAAGACCAGAGAGCAGAGCUGCCAGACUGAGGAACACUAUCAGCAGACCACCGCCGGCAACCAUGGUCAUAGCACAGAUCUCUGCGUGGAGCCUGGGGACCCUCCUCUGCUGCAGCAGCCUCUGCCCACGUCCAAGUCGGGGAUUCAGCAGAUAAUUGAAUGCUUUCGGUCUGGCACCAGCCAGCUGAAACACAUGCUGCUGAGAGAGGUGGACACCAUCUUUGAGUGUAAACUAUGCCGCAGUCUGUUCAGAGGCCUGCCCAACCUCAUCACACACAAGGAGUACUACUGCCUGUCACGGCUGCCUGAAUCUGACGGCUCACCUGGUGAUGACAGGCAAAGUGUAGCCAUGAAGGAUUUAUUGGACGCCGUAUAUCCCAAAGCGGACGGACCGGACUAUGUGGUCCGGUUAGAGCCCAUCCAGACCACCAACAAGGCGGUGUUCCAGUACCUCACCACUGAGGAGGAGAUGGCCAGAUUUCCAUCACACACAACCAGUGAGAGAGAGAGUCCAGUGGCUUGGGAAGGAGAAGCAGCAGAGGGUGUGGAGACCAACCAGACCAGCCAGCAAGGUGGACCAGAAGGCCACAGCAGUCCAGGACACAAUCAGGGCCCACGGAGAUGGGAGCCAGAGGAGGAGCCCAAAGAGGAGCGACCACAGCCUGAAGACGAGGGCUCCAAUAGUGGGGUAGAAGACGUGACUAUCUCGUGCUGCCUUUGUGGUCAGGACUUUAACUCCCGCCGCAGUAUCAGACGCCACUGCCGAAAAAUGCACCAGAGAAAGCUUGAAGAGCUCAGAAAGUUCACAGAGACACGCACAGUUCCAACGAGCCUGCUCUCCAUGGUGAAAGGUCGGCCUCGAACUCUCAGCACACCGACUGGAAAGUCCUGCCCUGUGUGCCUCAAAAGCUUUGCUACCAAAGCCAACGUACGCCGCCACUUCGACGAGGUGCAUCAAGGUCUGCGGAGGGACGCCGUCACACAAAGCAGCACCUCGUGCCCUGGCCACUCUCCGCCGCUGGAGGUCAAGCCUCCCAAGAAGAGCAACAACUCCUCACCAACACGUGGCACCAACACCAAGUCCAUUCCUGUGAACUCUAAAACAACCCCGUCAAACCAAAACCAAGGCAAACCUCAGAGUCCGCUGCCAGCCAGCGCCCCGGCCAACUCAACCUCCAGCCGCUGCACGCUCUGCAAGAGGAGCUACAGCUCUCAGCUCAUGUUGAAAAGACACAUGCGCAUCGUUCACAAGAUCUACAAAAGUAACAAGCCUGCUGCCACACCCACCCCGAGCACCCCGGCAGCCACUCCAACCCGCUCCAGCAGCCCUAACUUGGGGGCUAGCAACAGCGUCCGGGUAAAGGAGGAGGCAGUGGAGGCCUCAGACGAAGAUGAGGAAGAGGAAAUUGACAGCAGUCCCGCUCCGUCUCCGAGUGAAAGCUCUGGGACGAGUAAAGGAGCGGUGCCCAGUGCCCCCAAGGUGAAGGAGGAGGAGGCCGCCUCCAGCCUAAAGACGGCCUCCUCCUUACCCUCAGCGGCCUCCCGGGGGGGCAACGUGUGUAGCUCUAACAUGGCUGCCAAGAUGACCAAACUGUCCGUGGGCUUCGACUUCAAGCAGCUCUUUUGCAAGCUGUGCAAACGUCAGUUCAGCUCCCGCCAGAACUUAGCCAAGCACAUCGAGCUGCACACAGACGGCAACGACAUCUUCAUCAAGUUCUACCGCUGCCCGCUCUGCCGCUACGAGUCCCGCCGCAAACGCGACGUCCUGCGGCACGUGACCGUCGUGCACAAGAAGUCCUCGGCGUACCUGGCAAAGAUCAUGCCCAAGCUGGAGAGCCGGGCGGUGAAGAGGCUGGCCGAGGUGGUGCUCAACAGCAGCAGCAAGAGGACCAGCCCCGGCCUCAAAGAAGAGGUGAACGGGCGCCACGCCUCUUCAUCCUCCUCCUCUCCCUCACCGCCGGUCACCCGUAAACAGGAGGGCUCCACAGCUGCCCCCCCAGCCUCCUCCGCCCCCUCCAGCUCCUCCUCUGCCCCGCCUCCGGCCCCCGUCACCCGCAAACAGCAGGAGCUGUCAUCGCCGGCCUUCAGCCCGUCGCCCCCGCUCACCCGUAAGCAGGAGAGGCAGCAGAGCCACCAGCACCGGCCCGCCAGCCCGCCGCUGACCCGCCGCAGCGAGAAGCACUCCCACCAACGGAACGCCUCCGCCGCCACGCCAUCCGGCAACCAAACCCCACACACCCGCCGCCACGACCCCCAAUCAGAGAGCAGCACGGCCAGCUCGUCCACGGAAGUCAGGGUGACAAAGAACUUCUCCCUCCAUGCUUGUGACCAGUGUGGGCGGGCCUUUGCCAAAAAGCUGUAUCUGGAGUCUCAUAAGCGAAGCCAUCGGAAUGCAGCGGCGGCAGCAGCCGGCAGGAGGAAAGGAGUCAGCACCCGCUCCAAGUCCCUGGUACUGCUGGUCGUGACCAACAACUGGAAAGUUAACAGACAAACAGAAGAAGCACAGGGAGGAGCUGGAGCAUGAAGGAAAAAACAGGAGUAAUCUCAAUGAGGAGUGAAGAUCGAGGGAUUUUGUCCUCUAAGUCUUCUUUUUCUUUUUUUGGCUUAAGAACCAAAACUAUUGAUGGAAACUGACACUCUUGUGUAGAGUCAUGAAGCCAGCCCGUCUGCUGGAUGGUGGCGCUGCUCCCCACACUCAGACUACACUGAAAAGAAGGCUGAAUCUGUGCAUAUGUCCGCAUUCCCCACAGAGAAUACGGGUCCAUGUGCUGAUGACUGAAUUGUACUGCUUUGCUCCUGGUACCCUGCCUUCAGUGAGAGGAUGACGCUGGUAGUCGCUGGAUUUGUGUGUUUGUGUGUGUGUGUGUGUGUGUGUGUGUGUGUGUGUGUGAGAGAGUUUGCAUUUCAGUAUGUUUCCUAGAAAAAGCUCAUUCUGACCCACACAGUCCUUCAAAGUGUCCCAAACUGACCUUAUUUAUUACAGUUGCAUCUCAGAGCAGCCUGUUUUUAACCUGAUCGACUCAGCAGAAAAACGUAAUGCGUCUAACAGCUUAGAUAAAAUUGUGUUUUCACCCUGCACUUUCCCAUCUCAGUUUAAUUUCCUGGUGUCUGGACCACCUCUGUUGUCUUUGCUGCCCUGGGUGGUUCACCUGCUGUUGAUUUGAAUUCCAAUCCUCAAAGGUCCAUGUUUGCCUCACAAAUUAAUUUCAUAUUUACUAGAAAAUAUAAUCUGUUGAUAGCGAAAAACAAAUAAGUCACACUUUAGUCGGCUCUAUAGCUCCAGUCUUUUUCUCACAUUCCAGGAAGAAAGUUUAUGGUCGAAAGAAGGAAACUCCAAAGUAUAUUUUCCAGUUUCCCCUUAAAAAUGCAUGCGUGCUGUUUUUUACAUCUGCCUGAUGUUCUCCAUCUUUUCAGCCCAGACUGGCUGCAUGCUUAAGGUGUUUCCUUUGAACGCUCCACAUCUAUAUAUAGCUGACUUUACAGUCCCAGUAAUAGCCUGUCUGUUUGAUAGCCUUCAAGUUGUGCUUUUUGUGGCGGGUUUUGUGUUCAUUUUUCUUCACCUGAGGGGAUGUUUUUCCUUAUCAGGAGUAAAGUGUCUGAAUGCACCAUAUUGCAGGUCGCAGCAGGUACAGCCAUACUGCCUUAGCUUUUAGAAACCAAUAACUGGAAGACUCAAUUUUCAUUUUGGUACAUCCUUUCAGAGCACGGACACCACACAGCACUGCGUUGUUCUACAUCCUUAGUGCCUAAGCAGCAGGUGUAAGAGGUUUCAGAUUGCACCGGUGGUUUAGGAUUCUGCAGAUGAGAAUAGAGGACGUGUUCAUCUCAAUAAACAGCUGUGUGUUUGGCAGGCAAAGCUAUUGCUUUCUGAAACGUUUACACAAACCUUCCUGCUCCUUUGACAGACACAGGAGCUCAAUCAGAUUCUUUUGGACUGAAUUGUGCAUCAGUUCUGUUUGAAACAUGCUUUGGUGAAUUCAGACAGAAGGAGGUGUUUAGAACCAGCUCCUGAUGGUAGUCUCUGAAACACUGGUAAGAGUUCGGGGGGAAAUGAAGGAGGAAGACCAAAUGUAGAUAUGUCUUAUUGUUCAAACUGAAAGCCAUGAAAUGGAACAAAAGCAGAAAAAUGGACAGACCAAACUUUAUUUUUAUAAUGGAAAAUGCUUGUAGAACACGGUCUUGACUACAUGUAUUGUAAAUAUUGAGUCAUCCUCACAGAUGAUAUAUAAAUAAUAGCUCUAGUAGUCCCAUAGUUAUUUACUUGUGUUGGUUGACCAGGAGUUUGGAACAUUUCCAACUAGCUGCCACUCUGUCACUGUUAAGUUUGUGUUGUUCCAUCAUUAAUUCUUUAUUUGUAUCUUAUUCCAUUUGAAGAGGAACAUGUUUUUUGUUCAAAUGUGUGAAGACCAGAGCAGGAAUUAAACCUCAAGAGGCUUUUAGAUUUUCUUUUUUAAUCCUGACAUUUCCUUCAUUGUAAGUUGUAAUAUGUUAAGCUCGCUCUCUAGAGAACUUCAAGACGAGUUAGAGAAGCCUUUCAGAUGUGACGAGAAUGUUAAAACCAACCCCUUAAUAAAUAUAAACGGACUGCUUUAAACUCCUGAGUGGACUCGUCCUUAGUCUUUUUCCUAUUUCCUGAGAUAAGAGUGAAGUGUGUUUAUCAAUCGUGUUUGUUUACUGCCAACCUGCUUCAUGAAUAGAACGUUCUCUUACGUUUCCACACUACUUCUAUUGCG